GUCGCUAAUGCCUCAGAAAAACGAGCCCUGGCUUCUCAAGUAGCCUAAGGAGAGGAUAAGAAAGAGUAAGUAGGUCAGACAAAGACAAAUGACCUGAGUUGGUAUUUAUUAAGCUCCUAACAGCAAAAAGAAGAUGAAGCGUUCAGUCGUUCCUCGAGUGACUGGGAUACUUCUUGCUCUGUUUGGUCUAGGUCUGUGCUCCUCUGAUGAGACGAAAUUGGUGAAAGAUCUGUUUAAAGGUUAUAACAAGGUGGUUCGACCUGUAAGCCAUUUCAGUGAGGCUGUAGUAGUGACUGUAGGCCUCCAGCUCAUUCAGCUCAUCAGUGUGGAUGAAGUUAAUCAGAUUGUCACCAGCAACGUGCGUCUUAAACAGCAAUGGAAGGAUGUGAAUCUGCACUGGAACCCAGACGACUAUGGUGGGAUCAAAAAGGUCCGGAUUCCCUCUACUGACAUCUGGAAACCAGAUUUAGUGCUUUAUAACAAUGCUGACGGAGACUUUGCCAUCGUGCAUGAGACUAAGGUUUUACUGGAGCACACCGGGUUGAUCACAUGGAAUCCUCCAGCCAUCUUUAAGAGCUACUGUGAGAUUGUGGUGCUUCACUUCCCCUUCGACCUGCAGAACUGCAGCAUGAAACUCGGCACGUGGACAUAUGAUGGCAACCUAGUCGUCAUCAACCCGGACCAUGACCGGCCAGACCUCAGUAACUUUAUGGAGAGUGGCGAGUGGGUGAUGAAGGACUACAGGAGCUGGAAACACUGGGUGUAUUAUGCCUGCUGUCCGGACACACCUUACCUGGACAUUACCUACCACUUCCUCAUGCAGAGACUGCCUCUCUACUUCAUUGUUAAUGUCAUCAUCCCCUGCAUGCUCUUCUCCUUCCUCACCGGCCUGGUGUUCUACCUGCCCACUGACUCUGGUGAGAAGAUGACCCUCAGUAUCUCUGUCCUGCUGUCUCUGACUGUGUUUCUGCUGGUCAUCGUGGAGCUGAUCCCGUCCACCUCCAGCGCUGUUCCGCUCAUAGGCAAAUACAUGCUCUUCACCAUGAUCCUUGUCAUCGCCUCCAUCAUCAUCACCGUUAUUGUCAUCAACACGCACCACCGCUCACCCAGCACACACACCAUGCCCCCCUGGGUCCGCAGGAUCUUCAUCGACACCAUCCCAAACCUCAUGUUCUUCUCCACCAUGAAGCGUCCAUCUCAGGAGAGGAGGGAGAACCGCUCCUUCCCUCCAGACUUUGACAUUUCAGACAUCUCAGGCAAACCCGUGCCCGCCUCUGUCACCUUCCAGUCGCCCAUCAUCAAAAACCCAGACGUGCGCAGUGCCAUCGAGGGCGUCAAAUACAUCGCUGAAACCAUGAGGGGUGAUGAAGAGUCCAACAAUGCUGCAGAAGAGUGGAAGUUCGUUGCCAUGGUGCUGGAUCACAUUCUGCUGUGCGUGUUCAUGGCGGUGUGCAUCAUCGGUACGAUGGGAGUGUUCGCUGGCCGGCUCAUCGAGCUCAACAUGCUCUGAGCCUGAAGGCCCAAGUGAAGCCUGGGGCUUGAGUUGGACACAUAGCCUCCGUCUCUCAGCCCCCUGCUGGGCUGUGGCAGACGAGAUAUCUGCUCGGAUCAGAUGUUAAUGGGCCGGUGGAGCCAAUUCGACUGCUGAAAAGAUCAGAUGCACACACAUCCAGGACAUACAAAAGCCUUUACUUUUCCUCCACUAACACAUUAACAAUACAUUUCAGACUUUACACAUAGUUUAUUGGUAGUUGUGAAGACUCAGAAUGGUUUGCUCAUAUUUAUCUGCAGUUCUUGCUAAUGGUGUGUGAUCUAAGCAUGUCGUUUGUCAGUCAUUUGUCUCUUGACAAAGACUUAAGGCGUCUGUGGUUGCCUUAGGCUCUUCAGUAUGUGCUUCAGUGUGUGUUGAUGUAUUCGUUGAAUAGGCUAGAUUGUAGAUUUCAGGUUAGAAUUACACAACAUUGUGUGAUUGACUUAAUUGUACAAUUGUGUUCGCAUACGCCACACCAAUGUAUAUUUGUUCCACAGCUUGCCUUUUUUCUUUACACUGUCGCUGAUGUUGUACAAGAGCAGUUAACUUUAACUCUCUUUCAAGUAUCUUGAAUGAAAUAUGCAUUAUGCUGGAUUUGUUAAUCAUUAUCACGAUUUUGGCUUUAAAUAGGCUGCUACAUACAAAUGAGCCCUCUAAACAAACAAACACAAUGUUCUUUACUGUAAGCUGUGAACAUUCUGACCAAUAACAGUUGAGUUUCUAUAUGAAUCAGGGUAUUCAAGUAAUCCAACAAAAGUGAAUUAUUUUGGUCAUUUUAGAGCAGUUAAAAUGCGUCACAUUAUGGAUUCAUCAAUAUGUUUUUAAUACAUUGCAAGUAGUAUAGCAAUAUCAUCGCAGUACUAUUCUAUUAUACCAUUCACCCCAAAACACCAAAAAAAAAGAAAAGAAAAAAGCAGCCGGACUCUUUUGAGAAGACUUGGUUGAGAUGUCUUUAAAGUUGUGAGUACAUUUGCUAAUUUAUUACAAAUCAGUGCGUAAAUUUGAUUAUCCAGUACUGAUUACUUAUUGUAAUGUCCUGACUGCAAAAAGGGUAAAGGAGUCAAUAAUCUGACAUUUGAGAUGGCCGUAAGAAUAUUUUCAUAUGAUUUAGCUUAUUUCUAGACAAGUUAAGUAAUCUUACCUAACAAAAUGGGCUUAUUGUAUUGGCAGAUAUUAUGUGUGUUUCAUUAUGUUUUGAAACAACAAAAUUAUCUGCCAAUAGAAUAAAACAAUUGAUUAUUAUCUACAUUAUGGGAAUUUCAUCCUCCCAUUAUAAGGAGCAUUUGAGACAGGACUGCUUUUUGAAUGAUGCAGAACACAGGACAGUCAGUUGGAACAGAGUACAUUUACAUACAUCAUUCUCAAAGGUACAUUAACAAAAAACAGCCCAUUUAAUUGAAAUAUAACUAUUUUUGGCACAUAAAAGCACAUAAACCAUAUAAGAAGGGGGCAUUGGGGGGAAAAAAUAAAAGGCAAGAUAAAUGCAGGUCCCUGAGGUGCCUUGCAUCUAAAAUGUCUAGAAAUAAGUUCAAUAAUAAUGAGAUAUAUUAGAUAUUUGACUAGAUUUGAGUUGUUUUCUGCAGAGCCCUGCUGGUGACAUCUCAUAUAAUUAAAAAUAAUGCGUGGUUGUGCUGUUUUACCACUUAAGAAUGAGAUCCUAAGGCGUGGCGAUGAUUUAAUAAGCCGUAGGAGUAAGAUCAUGCCUUAUUAAGCUGGGUCAAAGCUUAUUUAUCUCAUUGCCAUACCUCUCUAAGUUGUGGCCAUGCAUUAGGAUAUCAUUCCCAAGCCUUAAUAAGUCGUAGCCAUGCAUUAUUUUUAUUAAUAUAGGAUGUCGCCAGCAGGCCUCCAUAGUUUUCACCUGCCAUUACAUCAUUUUUUGCAGUACACUUUAAGCCUGGGCUCUUUGGCUGUUCAUUGGCAGGUGAGAUGUCGAUUUGCAUGAAUUUUUCUAUUGAUUUUUUUAACCUCUGUUCUGAUCAGUAAGAGCACUCUGGUCCAGUUAAACAAGGCAGUGGAGAGAUUUUUAAUGUGUAUGUUAUUCUGCACACUUGUGACAGCAAUAAAGGUCUAGCAAGGCUCAAAGAUCACAGGCCCCUGUUGCAGUUGCACUCCAAUCCAAAACUUUCCACUUGGUGCCUGGGGCAUUAUUUUUUAAGCUCUUGCUGAUGCUUGUAAUACGUUUUCGUAACUAUUUUGUCCAGAUUUGCGAUUUGUUGAAAAUGUUCACGACACAACAGUUCAGUUCAGGUUGUGUUAUUGAUGCAGGCUUGUGUGUGAGUUUCUCUGGAAAAGGAUUUCUUACUGAAGCAUAAUUUUGCAUUUUCAUUAGGUUUUGGGCAAAUAGAGCAGAGAACAUCAGCCAAAAGUACAGUAUCUGCUAAGUAAUACACUCCUGUAUGCAUUUAAGGCCUUCGUUUGAGCACCUAAAUUAAAGGGGAUUUUCUUUACAGUGGUGGUGAUAGGAACCAGGAGUCCAGAUAUCUACAACACAAAUAUAGCCAUUUUAUUUACUAUUCAAAACCAGCAGUGAACCUACCUUCUACAUUUCAUUAUUCACAACACAAAAAUCACUCUGCUUUUCAGCCCAUAGACAAAAUAAGACAAGAUGCUCACUGGGACUUUUCAGUCUCAUCCUUUCUUUUUUUUGCUUUCUUUUCUUAGCUCUGCUCUGUUCUCAUGUCUCCACCGGUCUCCUUCUCUCUCUGUGCUCUGCCACCUACUGAUGAGAGAGAUAGUCAUAAGUAGGCUGGCAGACACAAAGCACAGGCGAAUAUCAUCAGCUACUUAGCCCGCAGGUUCAGCCGGCCUGGCUCUCUGUCCGGCAUUUGGCGCUUGGCCAUGCCCCUUUCUCCACAACCGCUCAAAAGGGGUUCUUCUAUUGACACAAGUUUAACAUAGCAAUAGCAGAACCCUUUCAGUGCUAUAUAGAACACU